GACGUACCUUCACCAUGUGGCUCUACCUGGCGGUCCUUGUGGGCCUGUUCUACCUUGUGCGCUGGUACCGGGAGAGGCAGGUAGUGAGUCACCUCCAAGAUAAGUAUGUGUUCAUCACGGGUUGUGACUCAGGCUUCGGGAACCUGCUGGCCAGACAACUGGACGUGCGAGGCUUGAGGGUGCUGGCUGCGUGUCUGACGGAGAAAGGGGCUGAGCAGCUGAGGGGCCAGACGUCUGACAGGCUGGAGGUCGUGACCCUGGACGUCACCAAGACAGAGAGUGUCGCUGCAGCCGCCCAGUGGGUGCAGGAGCGUGUGGGGGACAGAGGACUCUGGGGUCUGGUCAACAAUGCAGGCGUUAUGUGCCCAGUUCCCUGCACUGAGUUCCAGAGGACUGAGGACUCCCUGACAAUCUUCAGAGUGAACCUCAUUGGCUUGAUUGAAGUGACCAUGAGCUUGCUUCCCUUGGUGAGGAGAGCACAGGGGAGGAUCGUCAAUGUCUCCAGCAUCCUGGGAAGAAUUGCUUUCAUUGGAGGAGUCUACUCUUCUUCCAAGUAUGGAGUAGAAGCCUUUUCAGAUAUUCUGAGGCGUGAGCUUAAACACUUCGGAGUGAAAAUCAGCAUAAUUGAACCUGGCAGCUUCAGAACAGGAAUAACAGACUUGAAGCGGUCCUUAGAGAGUGUGCAGCAGUCCUGGGAGGAAGCCCCUGUGCACAUCAAGGAGGCCUAUGGACAGCAAUACUUUGAUGCCGCUUGCAAGCGCAUCAGACAAGGGUUGUUGAAGUGUAGCACAAACCUGAACCUGGUCACUGACUGCAUGGAGCAUGCUCUGACAUCUGUGCAUCCCCGCACUCGAUAUUCAGCUGGCUGGGAUGCUCAGUUUUUCCUCAUCCCUCUAUCUUAUUUACCGACAUCACUGGCAGACUACAUAUUGACACCAUCUCAGCCCUGA